AUGAAAGAGAAUAAUUCAAUGAAUGCCUAUAUGAACUCAUAUUAAGAUUGCUUAAACUCUUUCAUUUUAUACUAUAGAACUAGAGAAUUUAUAAAGAAAAGAAACUUCCAGGAUUAUAAUUUAAAUGAUGUAACAAUUAUUAAUAUUGGGUUAUAAACUAAUAUAAUUAAUAGGAAUUAGAUUAAUGGUUCCUUUUAUAUGAGAUUUUUGAGAAAAUAUGCUCACUUUAUUGUUAGUUGUUUUAUUCAUAAAAUAUGCCUGUUGAAUUUAUAAAAACAAUAUAAUAAAUAUUUGGAACUAAGCAAGAGUAAUACAAUUUAUGAAAGGGUUGAAGAGAUAACUAAUUAAGAAACUAAUUUUUAGGAAGAGAAUCAAUAAUUAAUGUGGUCAUAGAUGUAACAAUUUAAAAAUCAAUGUAAAGUAAUUUAUAUAGAUUUCCUUCUUGAUAUGCUUUAAGAUAAAAAUUAUUGA